AUGCCACCGCAAAUUACAUUCAUAAGCUUAACCAAAGAAAUUGCCAUACCUGUCAAGAUCUUCAUCAAAAAUAUCCCCUCAGAUCCAACAUCAACAGCACCACCAAAACCAGAUCGCCCAUCCACCACUGGCUCCACAACUAACUCCACAACCACGUCGCUAUCAAUCAAUGAAAAAUCUCCAAUAACGAUCCACAACAUAAACCAAAUUAAAUUGAACAAUGCACAAAUUGAACAUUUAGUCACAACGAUAUCGCCACGCGUCAAGAACUUGCUCUACUAUAACCUCCAUCACAACAAACAACAACUACUAAAUGAAGAAGGAUAUGAAGUCAAAAGCGUGAAUGAAACACUAGGCGAAACAUUUGCCACAGCUGGUGACUACUUCAAGACCACAACUUUAAAAAUUGAUAAUUUGAAAAUUGUAAUACCCAUUGACGUCUUGUAUCAAGUUCGGUAUCAAUUAGGAUUGAUUGAGUAUGACGAAGCAAGGAAAUAUCUACGCGAUAGUGGGUUGAAUCUAGUUGUUGUAAAGCGACAGCAACAGCAACAAAGGCAUAAGCAAGCUGGUGGCGAUGGUCAAGAAGGAAAUGAAUCUGGUAAUGUGCCUGUAACCACUGAGUCUACUCUUGAUGAUGAUGAUGAAAUUGACAAAGUACAAAUCAAACAAGAGGAGAGUAAUGGUAUCAAUGUGAGUAAUGCUAAUGGAUAUAGUGGUCACGUAUUCAAUGGUAAACUGAUUGUUGGUGAUUUUGCAACUUGUAUUAAAAUUUACGUGUAUUAA